ACAGUUGUCCGGAUAUCAUUGUUACCAACCGUUCGUUUUGACAACUAUAGUUAGGAAUAACCUUUUUCACAUCAUACGUGAAGGUAUCAUCACGUUAGUUUUCAAAUUCUUAUCAAGUCAUCAAAAUGACCAACUCCAAGGGCUACCGUCGCGGCACCAGGGAUAUGUUCUCUCGGCCCUUCCGUAAACAUGGCACAAUUCCACUGUCAACGUACUUGAAAGUGUACAAAGCCGGAGACUACGUCGAUAUUAAGGGUCAUGGUGCAGUUCACAAGGGUAUGCCCUACAAGGCAUACCACGGUAAAACUGGUCGUGUGUACAAUGUGACCAAACAUGCUCUGGGUGUCAUUGUAAACAAACGCGUUCGUGGAAAGAUUCUGGCCAAGCGAAUCAAUGUACGCGUGGAACACGUCAAGCCAUCACGCUGCCGGGAAGACUUCCUUCGUCGUGUCAAGGAGAAUGACAAAGCUCGUCACGAAGUGAAAAGUAAGAACCCAAAGGCCAAAAUUUGCCUGAAACGUAAACCAGCGCCCCCACGAGGAGAGCAGGUUAUUGUGAAUCCUCCUGAACCGGUCUUCUUAGCUCCGAUCCCGUACGAGUUCAUUGCAUAAGAAACAAUAAAGUUUUAUAAGCUAAUACAAAAACAAGUGGAAAUAA